GCAUUCAUAAUUUUUUUGACAACUAAAUUAAAUUUCAUCUUGUGCUGUUGGCUGAUUGAUUUUGGUGCUUUAAAUGCUGAUGCUGAUUGUUUUUGAGAAAAUGUCAAGACUUUUGGACAUUUUAAUGUAUUAAAGAGGAAAAAUAAAAUCUUUUGCUGCAAAUAACAUUUUCUCCUAAACAAAUGCUGAAAAACAUGUUGAAAACUUUUCAACGUCCACAGAGUAGUACGAUAAAACCACAAAAGUGACAUUAACCCAAAAACCCCGUGUGAUAGUAGUUGAGCAAAAGUGAUAAGUUAACAACAGAGCAAAGAAUAGACAACAUAAAAAUGAAGUUGGUUAGUAAAAAUAUGGAUAAAGGAGGUCAAGGCUCCGUGAUCCUGAUACCCGAAGAAUCUGAGGACAUGUGGCAUGCAUAUAAUCUGAUAUCUGAGGGCGAUAGUGUGCGCAGUACCACCAUACGUAAGGUGCAAAAUGAAACGGCCACUGGCUCCAGUACUAGUAGUCGCGUGCGUACCACUUUAACCAUAACCGUCGAAUCAAUAGAUUUCGAUACUCAGGCUUGUGUUUUACGUUUGAAGGGACGUAAUAUCGAGGAAAAUCAAUAUGUGAAAAUGGGUGCCUAUCAUACCCUAGAUUUAGAGCUGAAUCGGAAGUUUGAAUUACGCAAACCAGAAUGGGAUUCUAUAGCGUUAGAACGCAUUGAUAUGGCAUGUGAUCCUACACAAUCGGCUGAUGUUGCAGCCGUAGUCAUGCAGGAAGGUCUAGCCCAUGUUUGUCUCAUAACACCCAGCAUGACGUUGGUACGCAGUAAAAUCGAAGUGAAUAUACCGCGCAAACGAAAAGGCAACAUACAGCAACACGAAAAGGGUCUGGCCAAAUUUUAUGAAAGUGUUAUGCAAGGCAUAUUGAGGCAUGUCAACUUUGAGGUAGUCAAGUGUGUACUUAUAGCUUCGCCCGGCUUUGUUAGGGACCAAUUUUUUGAGUAUAUGUAUCAACAGGCUGUUAAAACCGAUAACAAAGUGUUGCUGGACAACAAAAGCAAAUUUAUGCUCGUACACUCUUCGUCUGGCUUCAAACAUGCUCUUAAAGAGGUGCUGCAAGAGCCAGCAGUAAUGUCGAAAAUCUCCGACACCAAGGCGGCCGGUGAGGUAAAAGCUUUAGAACAAUUCUACACCAUGUUACAGUGUGAACCGGCCAAGGCAUUUUAUGGCAAAAAACAUAUACUUAUGGCUGCCGAUAGCAUGGCUAUAGAGACUUUACUCAUCUCUGAUAAUCUGUUUCGUUGUCAAGACGUUCAACAGCGCAAGGAAUAUGUUCAACUGGUGGAAAAUGUACGUGACGCGGGUGGAGAUGUGAAAAUAUUUUCCAGUAUGCAUAUUUCGGGUGAACAAUUGGCUCAAUUGACCGGCAUAGCCGCCUUGUUGCGUUUUCCUAUGCCCGAACUGGAAGAGGACUCAGACGAUGAGGGCGACAAUGGUGCAGCUGACUCAGAUUCGGAUUAAGAGAUUGCGCGAGUGCUUUACUUUAAUUAAGUGCUGUAAAAUAAUUUAAAUAAGGGAUUUUUUCUAUUCAUUACUAAGUUUAUAAACUCGCAUGAACUUACAUUAGUUGCAGGUUUUUAUAUACAUAAACAAUUUUUUUAGCUAU